CGCUCGCUCCUCCUCGAUUUCUCAUCUCAACAACUCAGAUCUCCGCGGCGUCAAGAGUGAUGAUGACCCCUGAAUGUAUUUGUCAUGAGGGUAUCACCUCGCUUUGGGUGCGCGACGGGUCUGGGUAGAAGAGAGGGAGCAAUGGAAGGUAUGGUCUCACCUUCGUUCUGUACAAGCCGGAGAAGUUGCGGUUAGAGGACGGCCCGCUAUUCUCCAUCCAGCCGUCGACUCACCAUUCAAGCGCGGAAGAUAGCGAGGGCAAAAGGGACGGCCCGUUGUAGCCGCAAUCACUGGGCAAAGGUCUCCCUCACGGUCUCCGAAGGACAUGAUGCCAUCCUCUUCCCCCUCUACCCCAUCCUCCUCGGCACAGGCGUCGCAACGCCAGUCAACCAGACUCUCACCUCCUCGCCUCUCCCUAUUCACCUCCGCCUCCAUGCCAGAAAUGUACCACGAACCUCAAGGUACCGAGCCACAAUGGCGCAUCCCCAUGGCCAGGGCCACGCCGCGACCUCAUGGCCACCUAGUCGACGAACAGGGCCGAUCCAAAGGUCCCGCACCACCCCAGCCACUCCCUCGUGUGCUUCACCCACCCGACGAGCCCGCCUCACCGGGCAUCCGUAACAACCACGGAGAUGUGACACAGCCCUCCAAUAGUGGAGCGCUGCACGCCUUAUUCUGGCUGAUAGGCAUGACAGUACUCCUCGUCUUGCUGCAGCAACCAAGGAUUCGACGUCGCCUUGUACGCCUUGCGGAUGUACUCAGUGACGUAGGGCGUGGCUGGCCGGUCAUCAUUCGCCCUGACAUACUGCUGCUGCGAGCAUUGCGCUCCUUGAUCUUUGGCGUAGGUGUGGAGCCGGAGGGCCUGCUGUCCCAGGGGAGCUGGCGGGGCCAGGUCGUGUUCAUUGCGGGCGCUAGCGGGGGCAUUGGGUUUGAGGUACUGUGGGAGUGUCUGGCUACUGCUGGUGCUCAGAUUAUCGCAGGAGUCCGGAGUGCAGAGAGGGAGGAAGAUGUCAAGUGUCGUAUCAAGAUCCGAGCUGGUGGAGACGAGAAAGGGGUCGCCUUGCUCGAGCGGGUCACCUUCGUCAUCUGCAACUUUGCAACGCUCCAGUCUUCAGUCGACGGUGCAAAGGCUAUUCUCUCCGCCGUCUUUGAUGCCUCUCCGGACGGACGGCUAGACGCAUUCAUCAAUACAGUUGGCGUGGCCUGGCUAUCUGAAUCUGGCCAUCAGGUAACAGAGGACGGUGUCGAGUGGCUGACGGGAAUCAACGCCCUCAAUCCCCUGGCUACACUGCUCGUGGUUCUUGCUGCGCAGCAGGAACGACGACUGCACUGCCCUCCGCCGAAGGUGAUCUUCUUCUCGAGCUUGUCACACGUCUGGCUGGGGUGGAGAGGCCCGAGGUAUGAGAGUUGGGAGGCGCUAGCUGAAGAUCAAGGGAAGCGCGGGUGGCUAGCGAGGUAUGGGCAUAGCAAGUUGACCCAACUCCUCCUGCUCUCGUCCCUCACUCGUGACCUCCCCGCCAACCUUCUGGACGACCCAAUCCACGCCGUCAAUCCCGGGGAGUGCUACACGCCGUUCCAUGAUACGCUCUGCCUUUACCUCGUUACGCGCCCAAUCAAGCAGCGUACUCAUGUCGUCUCUACUGAUGGCAAAGGUGCCACCACUCCCUCGACGAGCCUGGCCCAGCUGCUGCAGCAGGGCUGGGAAAGUGCCUGGCUCCGCCUCAAGCUCGCCUACUAUCGCCGGCAGUACAAUUUCAACUGCAAGUCCCACGCUGGAGCCCUGUGGCGCAAAUGGGGUCUCUUGUCUGCCCUAGAAGGGGCCAAUGUAGGUCUCGCCGCACUUAGCCGCCCUGCUACCACAACUUUGCCUGCCGGUCACGAGCCUAGACACUUGGCGUACUGGUGCUACAACUUCUGGACGGGAGCAAGGCAGAGCAUGCCGGGGACGGUGGCCCGUGAUGAGGUGUUGAGGGGAGAGGCGUGGCGAUUGGCCAAGGGGACGUUACUGGAGUUCUUUGCGGGGAGGGCGGAGAUGGAAGGGACUGGGGUGGAACGAGAGGAUGUGGUGGAGCUUUUACUGCGCGCGGCUGGGGAUGAAAGGGAGGGAGAGCAGGAGAUGGUAGGAGACGGUACGGUCGUCCUUCAUGAGGUCGACAAAGAGGAUUGAGCCAUGCCCGCUGUAGAUGCUCGAUCUGCCGUGUUCCCUACUUGCACCUCACUACAGUUACUCUGCUCGUAUUCUGCUCUAAUUUUAUUACAUUUCUACUCAC